UUAAAUUUGAUUAAAAUAAUGAAAAAACUUAAGAAUUAAUUCUUAGUUAAGGAUUAAAAAAGAGAAAUCCUUAAUACGUGGCAUCCUCUCUUCUCUCCUCCCCCACUUCCCUUCCAUCGCCUCCCAAUCCUUUCAUCGUCAUGGAGUGGAUUCCGACACGACCGUGCCACUGAGUGAGCGCCCGGAGUGGUCUGACGUUGUCCCGUUGAGUCAGGACGAUGGUCCGAACCCGGUGGUUCCGAUCGCUUACAAGGAAGACUUUCGGGAGACGAUGGAUUACUUCCGGGCGAUUUACCGCUCCGACGAGCGUUCUCCUCGCGCGCUGCGACUCACGGAAGAAGCUCUCCGCUUAAACUCCGGCAACUACACUGUGUGGCACUUCAGGCGCUUAGUACUGGAGGAGCUUGAUCACGACUUGUAUGAAGAGCUCAAGUUCAUCGAAAGCAUUGCUGAGGAUAACUCUAAGAACUACAAGUUGUGUUCCAGGACAAAACCAAUGGACUGAAUGUUCUUCUGUGGAGCUCAAGAACCGUUUUCUGGAUCUCACUGGCCAAAAACAGGGAGAAACGUGCAGGAUGGAUGAAGCAGGGCUUAAUGGCUCACCUUCGUUGUCCUGGACUGUUUCUUGGUCAAACAGUUCGGAAGAGGCAACACCAAGGUUCAGUUCAGCAAGGAGGCCAACAAUCUCUGCAACCUUAACUCCUACAACCACUCUGGUAAUUUUUAUUACAAUGAUCUUUGCUAUUGUCCUUAUAAUUAUGAUCUUCUUUUAAGUGAACUGAGAAAUAUGACAAGGAUACAUGUUCAUUUCUAAGAAUUCAUAAUGGAA